AUGCCUUCUCCCCCCAUUCGUGCUCCUCAUUGGCAGCGCCAGGGCAACCAGCUAUUUGAAGAAGACUCUGACGCCGAAAGCGAGGGAGACUUAUAUUACCCCUCUGACGCAUCCGACUCUCCUGUAUGCCGCUCAGCUGAUCCAGCUUCGCCCCUAUUCCAGUCUUUGCCAGAACCGCCUCAUCGUCGCAGACGCCAGGACGUCAGUCUUCCAAUCCCCGUUCCCAAUCUGACAAAGAAGUCCCGCGGACGCAAGGUUCCAGUCUCUUCAGGGGGUGGUCCCGUCUACGCACGCAGCAAAGACAGGUCGAAGAAGGGCACCAGGACAUAUACCUGCCACGUCGAUGGCUGCAGCAAGUGUUUUGUCAGAAGCGAGCACCUCAAAAGGCACAUCCGGUCCAUUCACACCAACGAUAAACCGUGGGUCUGCCCGAUUGGGGGGUGCGAAAGGGAGUUCAGCCGCCGUGACAAUCUGAACCAGCACAUGCGUAUCCACAAGAGUCCCUAA